UGUCAUAUACCAAACAAUUAUCUUGUUUGUUGGUCGUUGCUCAUUUCAGUUUAGGUUAUGUUAGUCCACUCGUAUAACUUCAUAUACGGUGUCUGAAAGAGAGACUAUGGUUUACUUUCAAUUAGUUUACUGAAUAUUGUAAAUUAUCUUAGGUGCUACAUUUAUUUUUCACUUAUUUAUUUGAAAAUGGCUUAAAGUUUGAACAUUUGUAUCAGUAUUUCUAAGCUUCACAAUGAAGACGGCUUUAAUGGUAGCAGAAAAACCGUCAUUAGCAAGCUCUUUGGCUAAUAUCUUGAGUAAUGGGAAAAACACAUCUAGAAAAGGAAGUAAUGGAGCCUGUUCAGUCCAUGAAUGGCAGGGCCAGUUCAAGAAUGAGCUGAUCAACUUCCGAAUGACUUCUGUAUGUGGUCAUGUGAUGAAUCUGGACUUCAUCUCAAAAUAUAACAACUGGGACAGAGUCGAUCCAGUGGAGCUGUUUUCUUGUCCAACAGAGAAGAAGGAAGCAGCUCCCAAGCUCAAGAUGCCUCAGUUUCUGGCUCAGGAAGCUCGUAACUGUGACUACCUGAUCUUGUGGCUGGAUUGUGAUAAGGAGGGAGAGAACAUCUGCUUUGAGGUUAUAACAGCUGUAGAGAUGGCCAUGCGCAGAUCACCUUAUACAGAUGAUGUGGUAUAUCGAGCUCACUUCUCAGCAAUCACAGAGAAGGAUAUCAAGGCAGCCAUGGCUAACUUAGGAAAACCGAAUGAGAACGAGGCUCGCAGCGUCGAUGCAAGGCAAGAGCUGGACUUGAGGAUUGGUUGUGCAUUCACCAGAUAUCAGACUAAGUUCUUUCAGGGUAAAUAUGGAGAUCUGGAUGCAUCCCUCAUUUCCUAUGGACCGUGCCAAACUCCAACCCUGGGUUUCUGUGUUCAAAGGCAUGAUGAAAUACAGACAUUCAAACCUGAGCUGUACUGGUACAUUCAGGUGAAUGUGCAAACAGCUGAUGGCCGGGAAGUCACUCUGGACUGGGACCGAGUGCGCUGUUUUGAAAAAGACAUCACAACCAUGUUUCUGCAUCAAGUGCGAGAACAUUCCACUGCCUUGGUGACCAGCGUAGUAACCAAGGAGAAGACCAAGCAAAGACCAAUAGCUCUCAACACUGUGGAGCUAAUGAGGGUGGCUUCUAGUGGACUAGGAAUGGGACCUCACCAUGCAAUGCAGAUAGCAGAAAGACUCUACACCCAGGGCUACAUCAGCUAUCCUCGUACAGAGACUACUCAUUACCCUGAGAAUUUUGAUCUCUUGGGAGUUCUGCGACAACAGCAGAAUUCAAGUGAAUGGGGGGCAGAUGUUCGGGCUAUCCUAACAGAAGGCAUUAACAAGCCUCGCAAGGGCAAGGACGCAGGAGACCAUCCUCCUAUUACCCCUAUGAAGGCAGCAUCACGCACCGAGCUAGAUGGAGAAUCUUGGAAACUGUAUGAUUACAUCACACGUCACUUCAUAGCCACAGUGUCUCAAGACUGCCGUUAUUUGAGCACUACGAUCACACUCGCCAUUGGAACAGAGAAGUUCAGCACAACAGGCAAGACACUUCUGGACCCUGGCUACACCACCGUGAUGCACUGGCAAGCCUUUGCCAAAAAUGAAACUGUACCUAACUUCACACAGGGUGAAGAGGCCACUAUACAAGAUGUGAAACUGGUGGAGUGUCAAACAAGUCCCCCAGACUUGCUGACCGAGGCAGAGCUGAUCACUCUAAUGGAGAAACAUGGAAUUGGUACGGAUGCCUCCAUACCUGUCCACAUCAAUAACAUUUGUCAGCGCAACUACGUGACUGUGGGCUCUGGCAGACGACUGGUGCCGACAACUUUAGGCAUCGUACUUGUACACGGCUAUCAAAAGAUAGACCCAGAGCUGGUACUGCCCACUAUGAGGUCGGCCGUGGAGGAGCAACUCAACUUGAUUGCUCAUGGACAAGCAGACUUUGAUGCAGUGCUUCGUCACACUGUUGAGAUUUUUAAACUAAAGUUUCUUUACUUCGUGAAGAACAUUGAUGGGAUGGACCAGCUAUUUGAGGUUUCGUUUUCACCGUUGGCUACCUCUGGUAAAGCUCACUCUAGGUGUGGCAAAUGUAGGAGGUACAUGAAGUAUAUACAGGCCAAGCCUGCCAGACUGCACUGUUCUCACUGUGAUGAAACCUACAAUCUUCCACAAAAUGGAAAUGUUCGUUUGUAUAAGGAGCUCAAAUGUCCACUGGAUGACUUUGAAUUGUUGUCGUGGUCGACAGGAGUGAGGGGAAAGUCAUUCCCUCUAUGUCCCUAUUGCUACAACCACCCACCGUUCAGGGAAAUGAAGAAAGGAUCAGGGUGCAAUUCGUGCACUCACCCCACCUGCCCCCACUCACUCAACAGUAAUGGGCUGUCUUCUUGUGUUGAGUGUGAGGGAGGAGUGCUGGUCCUCGAUCCUGCGUCUGCUCCCCGCUGGAAACUGGGGUGUAACAGGUGUGAUGUAAUCAUUCAUCUGUUUGAUGAUGCCGCCAAAGUUAGUGUGGAAGAAAAUAUUUGCGAUUGUGGAGCCCAAACUGUUUCUGUAGAAUACAAACCGGAGAAGAGCAAACUACCCAAUGAGGCAACAGAGAUGUCUGGCUGUGUUUUCUGCUCUCCUCAAUUCUCAACUCUGGUUGAGAAGCACCGUGCAGUGGCUAGUAAACCUGUCACUGCAGGACGUGGGAGAGGGGGCAGAGGGCGGUCCCGAGGCAAGCCCCGCCCACCCAAGGAUAAAAUGGCUCAGCUAGCUGCGUACUUUGUGUAGGUCACAUGAGGGAUAUAUGAAGUAAAAAUAUGUGGAAAAAAUAACUUGUAAUUAGUUUCAUUGUUCUUGGCUAAUUGGCAGUUUAUGAAAUUGAUGAAGGAUUGUCACCAGCUCAUUUUUAUAUCUUCUAUAAUAUAUAAUGAUGAAUAUAAAUAAUGUUCAAUCUCUAAGCAUAUUUUUUUCAAGAGAGCAAAAUACUAAAGUCAAGAUAAACUCGUUUCUAAUAAAAUUUAGUUAAAAGUGUUUCAUAAAAAUGUAUAUCUAGCAUGGUUAUCUCAUACAGAAAAGGUUUAGUUGAAUCCAGCAAGAUAAAAGUGUAUUUUGGUGGGAAUUCUUAAAGAAAAAUAAACUUUAUUGUUGUAGCAAAAAUAAUUGUACCCAUUUAGUAUUGUAUUAUUACGUACAGUACUAAAUUAAAAAUAAUUUUUUUAACUAAAAUUUGUUUUUGAUGAGCAAAACAAUUGAUUAAACAAUAGUGUAUAGAGUUAUAUAACAAAGAUAAAUUAGUGCAGAGAACUUUUAUCAAGUAUAAACUUUUUGUUAUUAACCCACUUAAGACAGUGUAGAGAAUAGCAGCCCAUUUACUAAAUAUUUAUGGAACUAAAUAUUUUAAAUUUUUAACACCAAUAUACAUGAUUUUCAUCCAUAUGUUGUAUUUUUGUAUAUAAAACUUACCUAAACUAUUCCGUGAUGUUGAGUUUGAAUUAAUAGGGCUGAAAGCCAGGGGGAUUUUUACUAGUUGAUAGGAAAAUCAGCAGACUUACCUUGAAAACUACCUUCUGCAGUCCACUGUAUUCCAUGGUGUUGGGUUUGAAUUAAUAGGGCUGAAAGCCAGGGGGAUUUUUACUAGUUGAUAGGAAAAUCAGCAGACUUACCUUGAAAACUACCUUCUGUGAUCCACUGAUUGAAAAAACACACAUUUUUCACAUAAUUGGUUAAAGAAAAGUAAUCGAAAAGUAUUUUGAAGCAAAUGCCCAUGAAACAUAACUAUUAUUAAAUAUUAGAAAUAUAAUGUGUAAAAUAACAAGAAUGAAAAGUCAAAUGUAAGUAAAAAGCAUGGAAGUCAAUUGAAAAAAAUAUACAAUUAUGUAAUCACAUUGCAAUUCCCUUACAGGGCAGUAUAAAAGACAACUUAAACAAUUAAGUGAAAAAUGGCUACUUUUAUAUGUUUUUUUCAAUCAGUGGACCCUAGAAGGUAGUUCUGAGGGCUGAUUAUAGUAACUAUUCCUUGAUGGUUGAAAGUAUAUUCUAUUUUCACAGUGACAUAGGCACACUAUGAUCAAUGCCUACUCAAAUUGUCACAAUGCCCUCAUCAAUAUCACUUACUUCCUCAUCCUAUGAUGAGACCUACAUCAUUGGAUUUUCCAACACAUGAAGCAGCAAGUAUGCACCCAGAUAUACAAGGCACAACCAGACCACUCUCAUCUACAGACAAGAUUCAUAUCCCUGAAACUGACAAAUAUGUUUGAAGCUAUCCCAAAACAGAACAACCAUAAAUUUGAACUGUUCUUAUUGAAUUGUGACUAUAAAUUCAUUUGUUAAAACUUUGAACAUCUCCUAAAUGAAGAGCAUAAUUAUUGAUACUACGAUUUCAGAUAGACUUAAAAAUUAUAAUGUACUGUAGUAAGUUUAAAGGUGAGGUUUAAAGUUGGAAGACUUAAACUUCUUAAACUCAAAUAUAAAACACUAAUGAUUUCAUCAGUAUUAUCGUUAUCCCGAUCCCGAUAUUUGUAAUAUCUUCUAUUCAGAUUCACAUUCAUUCUCAUUGCCACUUUGUAAUCAAAGUAUCCAAGUUUACAAACAUCUCACAAAGAUUUGCCAUUUUCACUGUUUGCUAACAACAGGUGUUUUGCAUUUGUUAAAACUACCACAAAAUCGAUUAUUAUACAUAGCCAUUGAGGACAAAUACGAUGUUCUAAGUAAAAGUGGACAGAAACGAACACAGUAACGUUACACUUCGAUUUGGUAACAAAUGACUAAACUAAAUCGAUACGUCAUCCGAAGACGGGCAUUGCAUAUUUUAUUUCUUAAGUGGGUUAAACAUUUUUUUUUCUAUUUAGUAUACAUUAUUAAAAUACUACCUUUAAUGUUUGUUUAGAUUGCCUAGUAUAAUAAGUUAAAGAACAUAUUGAACUGUAUAAACAGUUAAUUAACUAUAUUCAAUUAUAUGUUCAAUUUAAUUAUAUGAACAGAGUAUUGAUAAAAUAGUAUUGGUAUUUAUAAAACUCAUUUACAAUUCAGAUCAUAGUGUAUAAUGUAAACUAGCUGGUGCAUACAACUUGUUCAAUCUAAAACAUUUUUUCCUACUGUGCGUUAUAGUGAUUUUGUACAUGUGGUUUAGUAUUUAUUUAAAAGUAAUGUUUGGUGCUGAUUUUAUCAUUAGCUACAGAAAAUAUUUGUGUUUAUUUUUCAAUGCAUGAAACAUAGAGCUUUAAUAAUUAAUGAGAGCGUUGUAAUUAAAAUGUUUACUAUAUGUAUUCCAGCAGGUAACAGCUAAAAUCUUUCUUCUUUCUUAAGUGUUGUUUGUACCUAGAUGUUGAUAAUUUCAUUGAAGUAUUUAUUUCUACUAUCUGUUCAAAUAAAUGUUUCUUAACGA